UGAUGUGAGAUAUUGAUCUUUAAUAACUGACAUUUUAAAUGGAGAAUGCAAGUAUAUUGUGAAGCUUUGGUGAUUGUUCUUUACUUGCUAACAUUUGGAGUUUUAAUGUAUAGUUUUGAGUGAUGUAUGGAAUUGUCCAUAUAUGAAAAGGUCUUCAUUUUAAAGCCACUUGAAAGUGAUCUGAAGUGGAAGGGUUGAAGUGUAACACAUCAAGGGAAUAAGUGGAAUGGGUUUACUUUGUGGAGGAUGUUAUAAAUAUUAGAAUACUUGGUAUAUGUAUUUGGUAUAAAAUUUCAUAGCACAGUGUUGUUCCUGAGGGAGCGAUAGAAUUUUUUUUUGGGGUUCACUUCAGAGAAGUAGUCCAAUUCACACUGCUGUCGCUGCCUGUGAGCUGAUACCGGGGAAGAAUUAUGCCAAAAGAACCACACAGGGUCAAUGCUCUUCAAAGCUUAUUGAGACAGACAGGGAGUAUUUAUACAAAUCAAAGAUCUUUGUCAUUAUGUAUGUGCAAUAAAACAAUACGCAUCAAAGGUGUCAGCAGAGGUGGUGGCAGAUAUCUCUACAGGUGGGACGCCGACGGAGUGAAGCAGAACAAAGAAUUCCUUGGUCACAAAGUGUAUUGUGGUCAUAAGAUAAGGUCAUAGACAAAAGACAUCAGAAAAUCAGCACAGAGCGUGCCAAGAUUUAUUCCAAAUCUAUCAGGGAGGUAAUAGAAUUAGUUUCUUGGACAAAGACAUGCGUUGUAGGCUGAUUGGCAUCUCUAAAUUGUCUGUAGUGUGGCAGUGUGAGAUUGUGUUCUGUGAUAGACUGCCAUCCUGUCCAGGGUGAACCCUCCCUAGUGCCCCGAGUCUCCUGGGACUGACUUCAGGCUCCUGUUGAUACAGUAGGAUAAAUGGUUUAGAGGAUGGAUGGAUGGAUGAGUUGAAUAGUUUAAUGCUGCAGGUUUACUUGCAUGUUUUGUGGAUUUUUCCUAAUUAGCAAAAUUUUAUCUAUCUAAUUGCUUUUUUAGUUAAUUUUAAUACCGAUGUAAAAUAUAAAAUAUAUAAAAUAAAAAAGUAAAAAAAAUAUAUGUAAUUUCGAACUUAAAAUUAUGGUUGAUUUUAUCAUGUAAUAAAUUGUUUUGAAUGUUUGUGGGAUUUUUACGGCAUUAUCAUUGUGACCAGAGAAUGUUCUAGUUUUAGGGAAAAUCUGUCGGUGAAAUAGCUUAAUAUUAGGAAAAUUCUGUUACACUGUCAUACGUGUUGAUAACCGAGGCAUUCCUGUCUGUGUGGAGUUGUAAUAAAAAUAACAAAAUAAAUAAAAGUAGUAAUAAUAAUACAGUGAAGAAGUGGUCAAUAUCAAGGGCCUUUAUCCUCACAAAUGUCUGAGCUUUACUCAUAGAUCAUCUGCAUAGUAAGAGUUUAUCGCAAAAUAAAUCUGUCUUCAGUUACACUGGAUAUCAGUAAUCCUGUGUGGGUCAUUAGUAAUAUGUAACUGUAAAAUAUUUGUAAAAUGUGAAACCUGACCUCCUGCUUGACUGUAGUGUGGAAUAUAACAGAAGUUAAUGUAUAACAAAAUACAUUUAUUCCUUCGAUCAUCAGCCAUUGAAUUUCUGAAAAAUGACAUACACUUUAUAUCCAGGUAAAGAAUCUAAAAGAACAACUUGAGCAGAAGAAAAAGAGUCAUAAAAGAGACGAGAGCUGCAGUCCGGGCGGACAGGUCCAGGAGAACAGCACUGACCCAGAUAUUGUGGACAUGCAGAGAGAUGCUAACAGGCAAGUAAAUGACCUCAAAUUUAAGCUGGUCAAGUCUGAGCAGGAAGUCACAGCUUUGGAACAGAAUGUAACAAGACUUGAAGGCCAGGUGACUCGGUACAAAUCUGCAUCAGAGAAUGCAGAGAAAGUGGAGGAUGAACUAAAAGCAGAGAAACGCAAACUGCAGAGAGAGCUCCGAUCUGCAUUGGACAAGAUUGAGGAGUUGGAGGCAAGUAACAGCCACCUGAACAAACGGCUGGAGAAGAUGAAGGUGUAUCGAGGCACGACAGCAUCACCCUAGUUAGCCUCUAACUCUGAGCUCAACCUCCACUGUGCCAUUCACUGACUUCUCUGAAGCAUGUUGCUGCUUCUCUGUACAGUUUCCCAUAAUUUUAUGAUGAGUUCAAUACACAAAAAAUGCACUGACGCACUACAAUAUGAUAUUGUGGCAUUUGUAUUGUAUUUAUAUUUAUUUCAGGGUGAGUUCAUGGUUGAGAAAUUAUACAAAGGUUUCAUAGGAAGUAUGGGGAAACCUUAGUGAAGCUGAUACCUGAAGGUUGCAAAGCUUUUUUGGGACUGCUUUAACAUUUGGUGGCAGUUCCAGGGAGUGAGGGGAAAAUACAUGACUGAGUUUAUAUUUUGUGUAGUAGACCGGUGACGAAUUAAAGGAAAAACAAAACCACAGAAGGUAUGUGGGUAAGGUGUUGGGCAGCCACAAGCUGCAGAACAAAUUCAGUCCUUGGUAUAAACUCUCCAAUUGUCUGGAACUGUACAAGAGGAAUGAACACUAUGCUUCCCAAUGAUAAAUGCUAAUUCAAUUAGCUUAAAGUGGUGAUGGUGGUGGAGAGUGGUGUAUAUUAUAACAGAAUCUCUCAUAAGUCGGUUGAGAUUUAUUUUCAUCUUCACUAGUGAGUCUUUGUGUCCUGUGAAUGAGAGCUUCGCCAUCCUGGAGACAUGGUCUCAAUAGGAUAGAAAUGUUUCAUCACUGGAGAAAGGUCAUCAUUCAGUCAAGCCGACCCAAACUCUGCCAGAAAACACAGCAUCACCGAGCUUUAUUCUUUCUGAAUUUCUUCCAGUCUGUAUGUGAUUUUUUUUCUUUCCCCCUUUUGCUUUUGUCUUUUCCUCAAACUGAAUCUAAAGCUGCUGGUAAAGGUCACUCCCUGAACCCCCUGCAAACGUGCACCAUAUAAUGACAUUUAAUGCUGCCAUAUUCAUGGUAAUAAAUUUUGUUCUUGGAUGAAGAUUUUAUCUUUAUUGCUUCAAAUAAAAACUCACCAGCAACCUUGACAAUAAACAAAAUGAAUAUUAAGCACAAAAUGCUUGUUUGAAUGUUUUCAGAUGAAGAGAGAGAUUUCUUGAAAGAUGCUCUAAAGUGGUGCUGUUCUGCCCUGUUUAGAAAGUUUAAAUCCUUUGUAAUGGAAAUUUUAAUGUAUACUGUGCAAUAAAAUG